CUGUUUGCAGGAGCCCUUAGUUUAAAAACGUACAAACAUCUAACUGCGAACUAUUUAAAAAUAAAGUUGUUAUGCCAAUGGCUGUGUCAAAAAAAAAUAUAUAUUUUUUUUUUUGCUAUAGAAAUUGUUGACCUUUGAAGGUCUUUAGAUAAGAUGAUAGAUAAAAAAAAAUUAUAUAAUGUUAGUACAUGCGAUUGAUUGCGAUUUAAAUAUUCUCUAUAUUCUGUCACGACAUGCACGAAUCUACUUGGAUAUCAUUUUACACUUUAUGCACGCGAACUUUAUAUAUGCAAUUGAGGUUACGACUGGUCUUGUCAAAAAAACGUGAAGUACUGGAUUGACAUACGUUUUUUCAGGAUACAUAUAUCCGGAUACAAAAAUCAUUGUAAUUACUCGUCGAUUUGGAUAAUAUUUUGGUAAAACAGAUUCGAGAAGUGACGCAUUAAAGCAUAUAAUUAUGGCAUCGGCGAUCGAGGUUUUGGCGAAGCAAGCGAUGAAAACGUUUGGUGAUCGGUUCUGUCAGAAAAGCUUGGAUAAAUUAUGGAGUCUGAUGAACAAAAUAACCGCCGAGGAUGUGAAACUCGACAAAAAUAUUCUCGAUUAUGUCAGCAGACAACCAGCGCCUAUGUGUGUGAUGGAUAUAUUCGAAAAUAAGGACAUAACAAUCGCUAUUUUCGUGUUGAAACAUGGAGUCACGAUGCCUAUGCACGAUCAUCCCGGAAUGUAUGGUUUGUUGAAGGUGAUCAGUGGUGUAGUAGAAUUAAACAGCUAUAGUUUGAGGACAAAAAGUGAUCAUGUAAUUAAAUCGAACGAGGAGAUUGCAGCAGUCAGGCAUCGACCAGUCUCCUUUCACAGUAAUUCAUCUGCUUGUAUUCUUACACCAUCGGAAAAGAAUCUGCAUGAAAUCACAUGUGUGGAAGGUCCCGCGGCUUUCUUGGAUAUACUCAGUCCGCCGUACGAUGUCGACGAGUUCGGCAAAGGACCAAGACCGUGUACAUUUUUUAAAGUUGUUAAAUCUAAGUUAUGUACAGAAUCCGCAGACAUAGUUGCAGAGAUACAGUUAUCAGUCAUAGAAAGUCCACCAGAUUUUUAUUCCUCGAGUCUUAAAUAUAUUGGACCUCCAUUGAAAGAUUACUGUAACAAAUAAUCUUUUUCACUUCUUAAUUUAUAAAUUUUGUUGCAUUUAACAAUGCUUUACAGUAUGCGUAGAACAUACAUUCGUAAGUGUUAGUUCAUAUAAAUGCACCCAAACUUAAGUUUGGACUUAGGUUUUGUUGAUGUAUGAUUAUGUAGAUCAUACAGGGUUUAACAUUGGUAUCGUGAGCUUGUCGGGACCAAAUAAUAUCCUUAUUGUAAAUUUUUUCUGUAAUCCUGACUUUUAAUCCGAUAUCACAUGCUCAGAUCAAAAAUAUCAUUGUGUAUUCUUGUGCAACUAUGUGCUUUUUUGCUCUAAUGUAGUCGUCUGAUAAAUGUAAAUGUAUACAUAGUAACAACAGCGCAAAUGAAGAAGUUUAUUUCAAGCAUUCAACUCAGAUAACAGCAAACAGAUAAGUUUACCAAUAAGAGAGUUUAGUAUAUGGACAUUCAAUUUUAUCAUUAAAGUAAUUGCUUCUAUUGAGGCUGAGGCAAAAAUUCUAACCCAAGAAUAGGAAAAUUAAUACUCUCUCUAUUUAAGUUGUUAAUUUAGAUACUAUUUCAUUACAUUAUAUAUAUAUAUAUAUCGAUCUAGCUGUGUUAUUUAUUUUCAUCAAUAUAGCAUUAUACAUAGAAGUUUCAUAUACUUUGAUACACAAAAAGCAUACUUUUUAAAUAUUUUAGAUAAUCUUUCAUAUUUUUGUGUCUUGAAUGGUCAAAAAUAUUGAUUAUUGAUUGAAUAAAAAGUAGAUUGUAAAUUAAAUUUCUAUUAAUAAAUUUAAAAAAAAGAUAUCUUUUUGAUGUAUAGUACAAAGAAGUUACGAAAAAAACGGGUAAAGUAUGUAGUUUAAAUUAUAUAGUGUAAAAGAUAUAAAGCAAUUACAAUUUAAAUGUUAAUAAAUUAUUUGUAUAUUAGAAACAUUAGAAUAAUUAUUAAUUAAUUACAACAAGGAUGUGUACAUGUUACCUUUCAUACAGUGUUAUUUUUAAGAUUUGAAGGCAGUUUUACGAAUGGAAAAAAUACUUACAUUAUAUCUUUCCAGAUUUUUCUUUAUUUUGAAAAAAAAGUGAAAUACUUAAAAUAUAUUUUAGUAUUAUUUCGAAUUUUAAUAUUUGCUAGAAAAAGAUUGUACUUAAUUAGUUCAUCAUCUUUGCAUACUAUAGGGAAAUCUAUUCAAUAAAUGUAUUUAUACAAGAUGUAAGAAAAUUGCUGCAUUAAGAAUUUAUUAUCCUAGAAAUUCUACAAUUAGUUUGUAUUUAAUAAUAUUCUCUCUUUCUCUCUCUCUCUCUUUCUCUGUCAAUAUUAUUGUUCUAUGUUCUAAAUAUAUUGUUUUAUAGUAUGUCUUAUAUUGGAAAGAUUUAUUUUCAGUUUAAUCAGGAUAUUUUUAAUUAAACUAAACGGAGAUGAAAUUAAUUGACAUUAUUGAAAUCUCACUACAGAGUAAACUUUUAAGAUAGUACUCAAUUGAACUGUCUCAAUACUACUCGGUUAUCUUUGUUACUUCGCGAGUAUACAAUUUAUAUUGAAAUAAUUAAGAAAUCACUGAUACUUGAAUAAGGGAAUUUUUUAUCUAGAAAAUAAUAUAAUAUACUAUUUCACACAGAAGUAUUAUAAAUAGCUAUGUUUAUCGUUUGAAAUACUUUUUUCUAUUUAUAUUAAUGAGUUAAUUAAGCAUUCAGACAAUUUUUAUUGCGAUUAUUGAGAUAUUAAUUGUCUGUUAGGUAAUGGAUAUGUUCGAAUAUAUAUACAUAUACUCGAAUAUUAUUUGUAACUUUGAAUAUCCUGAUCCAUACUGAUAGCACCAUUACAAAAUAAAAUGUAUAUUAGAAAUUUCGUUAAGAUGUAACACUGCAAACACUGUGCACUGUAAGUAGAUAUUUAUAAUCAUUUUAUAUUUGCUACAAGUUAUUUCAUAAUACCAUUUACAUGUGAGAAAUUAGUUUACAAAAUAUAGCCUAUAAAUCUUACUUCUAAUAAUGUAGACUUAUAUAGAUAUAUAUAUAUAUAUAUAUGUGUGUAUAUGUAUAUAUGUAUAUAUAGAUGUAUGUAUAGAUAUAUAAUAUAAAUAAUAUAUAUAUUUAUGUGUAAGUAUACAUAUAUUAUUUAUAUGUAUUGUGUAUAUGUAUGAAUGAGAGUGUGUGCGUAUGUUGCAAACAUAUACAUAUAUAUACACAAGUUUAAGAGUUAUAAAUAACAAAUAUUUGUCAUAAUAAUUUGUCACAUUAAUUCUUUCCCCGUAUGAUAGUACUUGCAUCUUCUACUGUAUGAUAAUAUGAAAAAUGCAAUAAUAAUCUCUCUAAGAGAUUAAUUAAAGAUAGAUGAUUCUCUAGCACACGGGUAAGGAAAGAAUCAUAUAAUUAUUUCAAUUUUCAUAUAUCAUAUAAGGAAGAUUACAGAGAAAGUAUUAUUGGUUUAAUAAUUAUUAAAAAGUAUUUCCCCCCUUUAAAUGUUAAUUUAAAGGAGAAGUCAUUCGUUUUCAACAUCCCUCCUUUUUUUUCAAAAAAAAAAAAAAAA